AUGUAACAUCCAGACAGCAGCAGCACAAGCUGCAGAGGAUCUUCUUACUGCAAAUGUUCCCCACAUACCUGUCCAAAGCACAGGUGAAGAAGCAGAUAGCUUUGUUGUCGUCAUGGACCGAACCUCAAACAGUUUAAAAUAAUCGACCUGGAAUCCCAGAUCUACAUUUUCAUUUUUCCUACCCCUCUGGUUGACAGAGAGGACGUUUUCAAAGACGCUGCAGGCCAAACCAGAGAAAGACUUUGAUCAACUUGACAUGUUCAGGCGCUGAUCUGGAAGAGGAAAGUCUUGAACAAACUGGAAGAGAAGAAAAACAAACUGUAGAAUCCAAAAGGUUGGAUUUGUUCCCAGCAGAAAGAUUCAACUCACCUGAAGAGGCGGACAGCAGGAACAAACUGAAGCUUAACGAGAAAACUUACUGAGGUCUGACCUGCAGCAACACAACCGGUGCAAUAAAAAGUUUAGAAAAGUCAGAUGUUUCCUCAAAAAUCUGUACAUAAAACUCCAGUGGAUAAACAACCGUCACAUUUCAAUUCAAUUCAUCAAAAAAUAAAGUAGAUUUCAAAAUGAAAAUGUCAGAUAAAGGAAGUGAAAACACAUGAAAUGUUUCUUAACAAGACGUGAACAUCUGGCUGCAGCUGCAUUGAGACACUGGAUCCGUUUUCCAGCCAAGCCUUCUUCUGUUUCGGCUUUAGCACAACGACUAAACAGGAAGUUCCAGGUUAAAAUCCCGAACAGCUUUCCUCUGUAUGAUUGGUUCCUUAUGUAUUAGUUUGGUGUGGAACUGCCUUUAAAUGGAAUCUGUCUUUUAACUGCAGCAAAAUAUGAACGAAAAGGAGAAAAAUGAUGUGGCAAUUCAGCGUAUAUUUGACCAAGACUCGCCAAAUAAAAUCAAUUGACUCUCAGUUCAGAACUGAGAAAACCUCUUGAAGGAGAAGUGAAACAUCGUAAAUGAAUAAAGAAAAACCCACUGCUAGUUUUUAAGAAAAAUACAAUUUUAGGGAUAAAGACGUGGCGGUAGUAACAUCAGCUGUCCCUCGGUUCUGUUUGUGCUUCUUGAGGACAUCUAUUUUUAGGGAAUGUGAUCCUAAAUGUCAAAGCUCCUCCUAAAGUCUAACUAGUUAAAGCGAUCAAGUUAGAGACGCUCGUCAGUCAGCAGAGUCGGCAAAAACCAAAAUACCUGGAGGAGAUAGAUACUUUCAGAUACUUUCAAGGAUUCUUCAGGAACUUCUCAGCAGCGCCUUCCUGACAUGUUUCACUGCUGAUGUCUUUACAUCUCAGUGGAACCUCAACAUGUUUUGGUACAUUCACGCUUCAGAUCUCCUGUUUUUGGAGUCCUCUGCGUUCUAAGAUGUCCAAGAAAACUGAGCACCAACAGUCUUUCUUCGUGGUUCAGUAGAACAGACGGGUUUUCAGUGAGGAGCUGGACGCUCCACCACAGCAGCAGCAGCAUUAGGACUGGGGUUUGAGCAGCUCGCUCCUCUCGUGUUUCUGCGACCAUCAUCAUCCUCUGCUCUGGAGGCUCUUCUGGGAGGUCUGAAAUCACACGAUGAAGAGAUCUGAACUUCAUCCGCGUGAUCUCCGGCAUGUUUUAUGCCAAUGGGCUCAGAUGGGUGGGGACCGGAAACUGUCCAAAGUGGUAGAUGCCUUUAAGAAUGUUAAUAGGUCUUAUCGCCUCAGUCUUCCUCUCAGCCAGCGUGCAGACACGCCGCAGCGUCUGACUGAAGCGCACUGCAAGGCUGCAUGUCCUCAGAGUUCGAGAUAGGAUGGAAGUGAAGGUCUUUGUGGACGGCGUCCCACGCGUGGUCUGUGGAGUCACACGGGAAACAACCUGCCAGGAAGUGGUCCUGGCGUUGGCCCAAGCCCAGGGUCAGCCGGGCCGAUACAUCCUCAGGGAGAAAUUCAAAGACUUCGAGCGGUGCAUGACGCCUGACGAACGCCCUCUGGAGACCCUGGAGAAGUACGGCGAGCAAGCCAAGGAGGUCCAGCUCACGCUUCAGAGCAGCGGGUCCACCGUUUGGGAUGAAAUGGGGAGAAGAGCGGGCAGGUAUCAGCCCUGUCCCCCAAUGAGAAGGAAAGAAGUGGGAGCUAAGAUGAGGAGGGGCAGCGGAUCCGUGAUUCUACAGUGCCAAAGUUUGCCGCUGUUGUCAUGUAACCGACAGGAAGCCGAGCAGAAGCAGAGCGACCCGAAGAGACCCAAAAGGAAGUCUCUGACGCUCAUGGAAGAAGCCAAGGAGUGGCUGGAAAGCUUAGGGAAAGGCAAAGCCUACAGCACUGCCGGAGACAAGGAACACAGGAAGAAGGCCGAGAAGAAGAAACGGGGCUCUUUGGAUGUUCUCCUCAGUGUUCAGAGAGACCUCCAGAGUCAAAGCGCCAGAGGUCAAAGUUCAAGGUCAGACGUGGACCAUCAAACACCACGCUGCGUUGGAAAUCCGUCAAAAGAAAAAGAUGGGAAGAAAGAUGCAAGAAAAAUAGCCGAAUCUGACUUUGGAAGAGCAAGUUUUGCCCCAGCAGAAGAUGAGAAGAACUUUCUGAGAGAAACCAUAAUCUAUCAACUGUUGCAUCUGCAGGAUCUACAGGCCCAAACGCGUCAGACAGAGAAAGAGAUUUCUGAGUUAGAGGACAAACAGCGAGCCAGAAAAGCCCAGCAAGAAGCGGAAGACCAACGAGCCGCAGAGGAGCAGCGGCAGAUCCAGUUCUGGGAGAACCAACUGAGAGCAGAGGACGUCUGCGAGAAAGACCUGCAGCGCCACUUCCUAGACUUGAAAUCCAAAGCUGCCGAGAUCAGAGCCAAACUGGAGGAGUACAGGCGUAGAAUCCAAGGGCUGGACUUCUGCGUGGGUCUGAACGGCGGCGGCGCCCGGGAGGAGGUGGCCUCAGAAGCUGCUGCCAGUCCUCCACCGGAUGCCCAUCAGCUGCCAUCUGGACCAGAUGCAGAUCUCAACAGGAAGCUCCCACCCACUGAGGACUUCAAGCCCCCCCAGGCUCCCAACCAGAUAAGGGAGCGGCGGCUCACAGGACCCACUGAGCUGAAGGAGUGGUGGACGCGUUGGUCCGAGACCCAGAACCUUCAGGCAGAGAGCCAGAGGAAGGUGAUCCACCGCUCUGAACUCACCAUCUACCUGGGAAGCACUAAGGUGUAGAGUCCUGUGGGGCGGGGCUCCUUCCCUGCACACGGGGAGUUUUCAGUUCCAAAAACCUGACUUCUGCUGUAGCUAACGUGUAUACGCCCAGCAAUAUUCUUCUCUUUUCUAACAGUCAGCCUGCAGCACGGAGCGUGCACGUUUGAUUUGAUUUGAUUUUUGAUUUGAAUCUGUUUAUUUCAAGCCAUCAAAGCAAGAAUAAUGCACAAAAUAAAACAAUCUGCAGUCAUACAUUCAUACAGAGACGUGUCAAAUUUAGGAUAAUUACACAUUAAAUCAAAGAUUAUAUAAUCCCACCCCUGUACUACCAUAACCAUUUAUUACAUGAUUUAUCAUUAUCCAGUUCAGAACUAAGAAUCUUUAAGUACCAUUAAUCACAUGACAAACAUGAAUUAAUAAUGUAAAAAUAGACAUCACUAUUUUAGAAAGAUCCGUUAUCAAAAAUAUGUGCAGGUUAUAUUCAUAAGAAAAAUCCUGACUAUGAUAAAAAAUAAGACUUUUUCAGAAAAAAUAGACCUAAAUCCUCACAGUAUAUGCAGAUCAAGUAUCAAAAGUUAAAAAUAUGUGCAGAUUAUUUUUCAUUAGAAAAAAUCCAUUUUUGGAGCAAGUGAAGUGAUGUAAUUAGAGAUCAAUCAUUUGAACCAUCUUCAAUAAUUGACUAAGCUAUUUUAUUAUUAUGAGGUAAUGUUGUGAAAUAAAAGGGUCCAGGGGGGUUGAAAACAUAAAUAUCUGUAUGACAUGCCUCCUUCUACAAAUGUUCACUACCACCUGUCGCCCACAGCAUGAACGAGGAAAAGUGUGCAUGAACCUUUUUCCUCCGUGGGAUCACUGAGCGGUCUAUGGAGCGGGUCACCUGCGUGUGCCGUACAGGUUUAACCACUUUUCACCAGCAGACGGCCCGUAUCCACCUGUAAGGAGGGUGUUAGAACCAUCAGAGACCUGGACAGAGUGUGACGUCAUCCACAGAAAAUUACUUCCAGCUCCAGCAUAAUGAGGUCAAUUCAGUGGAUAUUUUUCGCCAUCCGGACGCCACGUUGGAGUCAGACGGUCUCAGUAAGCAGUGAUUGGCCCGAGUUGGUCUGAGUUUCUCUUUUAACCAGUCAGAAAUGAGAUUUUUUUUGCUCACCUUUCCCACUUGAAAACGGGCUUGGGAGAAUUGGUCAAAGGUUUUGAACGCUGAACAUUGGGGCCAGCAGGCUCCGCCUACUUUUACUGAUUGGUCAGUUUAUAAACUACGGAAAAAAUAUUAUAAAAAAUGAGGAUUAUGAAGAUGUCAGAUCCAGAAUGGUCCUUCUGACCAACAGAAUAUCAACCGUUUAUUUCUCUAUGGGAGUUUGGCUUCUUGGAGCCACUUCCUGUUUGGAAUGCCAGGGGGAGGGGCCACUCAGUCCAGUUCUCAUAUACAGCCAUUAGUGACAUCUGAUGUGUUGUUUUAAAUAAAAGCAAACAACUCAUUUUCAUAAAACCUUUAUUCAAUUGUUUCAUUCAAGACCAUAAAUGAAAAAAACAAAAAAAAGACACAAGAACCUCUGAACGUCAUCCAACCAAAACCCCAUGAAGUCCAGAGGAAGGAGUUUCUGCUGUAGGUCAUCGUGCAGAGGAACAUCAUCUCUCUAGAGCAAAAACUAAUAUCCUAAUUUCAAAAGCUGAUCUUUUUUUUUUUUACUUUUUUCCGUUAAAUUAAAUUUAUUAUAUUUGAUCUUUUUAUUAGAAAGAAAACAAAAAAAAAAAGCACACAUUACAUACAGUAUAGAUGAACCCACAUUUCUGGGAUGCAUAUAGCAAUAUUUCUACUGGGGGGGGCCACCUUAAGAUUGUUCUGAAUAUGUUGGUGGUGUGCUAGGAACAGAGGAGACAUCUUACUUUUAUUUUGAUUUUUAUUUAACUUUGCUAUUAAUAGGCACCUUAUUUGUAACGUUCAAUAUAGCAGACUGAGUUUCCGAAAAAAACAAAA